CUAUAGACCAGGAAGGACACAUAACUUACACUCGUGAGAAUAUUCGCAACCGCAAACAACUCUGCUUUUCCUGCAAGAAAAGACAUUGUUUUUUGUAAAGCAAAGAACGAGAUGCUCGAGUACUUGUCUACACAAUGCAAGCUAUUCAUACCAUGCUGUUUAUACAGCAACGACCUAUGGAAUUUUAUCAAAGCUGCUGAAACAACACUUGUCCGCCAAAAAGAAAAACAAAUGCUACAGGAUUGACUAUAAGAUGUGAUGACCUGAACUCAAUCGACCAAACGAAAUAUGAUAGCCCACAUGUAAUGAAAGUGCCUGAAAGCAAGUAAAUCCGGGGCGGAAAGACCGAACGCCACACCGACGCCCCAGUUGAAAAGACGCUCAAACAACUGUAUUGAUUGUUGAACUUCGCUUAAAUCCAUCAGACAUGACAUCAACAGCAUUAAUAAACCCCGACAAUCAAAAAGUCACAGAACAAAUCAUGCGAUGUCGCCAUUCGCGGGAAACCUGUGUAUGUACCACAAGCAAUGGAACCAGCGGCAACACCCAUGAAGAUAUAGUUUUCAAAGAUGGCGGAUAGACCGGACGGAGAAACAACGUUUUCAUUCACUUUUACCAAGAAAAAAGAGACCAAAAACUUGCAAAAGACGAAUAMAAAUUUAUUGGGAGCAGAAAAUAAAGAUAAGGAUGAGGAUGUGGAUUUCAUACGAUCGGCAGAAGGUAACAAGUUACAAAGUGUAAAACCAAAGGAAGCAGCAAAAGAACUCAUUAUCCCACUCCAGAAGAAAAACAGAUGGAUUCUCCCCAAUGAAACCACUAAUGAUCUUGAUAGACAGGCUGCAGAAGAACUCGUCAAAGAUGCUUUACGAGACUUGGAGACUAAAGCUGAAAAUACUGAUGAUAUCUCAAUUCCAAUCUUGAUGAGAAAUAGAAUGCCUAACGUGGAAGGCCGCGAACAGGAUGAAAAGCUAGACAUAGAAAUGAGACCAUCUGAGAGUACACUAGAUGACUAUGAAGCAAUGCCUGUCAGUUCUUUUGGUGCAGCUAUGCUGAGAGGAAUGGGAUGGAAGAAAGGAGAAGCUAUUGGUGGGACAGUGAAAGGACUCUGUGAGCCUAUUGAGUUCAUUCAACGGUCAAAAGGACUGGGUCUGGGGGCAGAAAGGAAAAGUGAACCAAGAAAAAAGAAAAGAAAACCUGGUGACACUGAAGAAAAGAAAAUUGGUCCAAUCAAAGAGAAAGAUGGCCGUGUUAGACAUGUGAAGGGUGUUGGCGAAAAAGUAACUGUCCAGGAACCUUUAGAUUUCCGACGUGGAGUUGGUGCAGUGAUAGAAAAAGGUCCUCACAAAGACAUGCAUGGAAAGAUAAUAUCAGUAGAUGUUGAUAAUUCAAGGGUAACAGUAAGACUACACAUCAGCGGUGAAAAUACAACCAUACAUCAGUUUCAUGUACGGUUAAUUGACCAGGAAGACUACAAAGACCUCUCGAAUAAACRAAAAGAUAAACACAGAGAUUUAGAACGUAGAAGCAGUAAAAAGAGAAAAGAAGACAGUUACGACAAAGCCAAAAACAAAUACAAAGAUGACGAGCCCUCACCUAAACACCAUAAGAGCCRUCAUAGUAAUGGAGAYCAACCCAAGGAAGCUAAGAGCUGGUUGUAUCCACAGUUACGGGUUAGAAUUGUUAGCAAAGACUAUAAGAAAGGUCGCUACUACAAUACCAAAGUUCGUGUCCUAGACGUCACAAGUAGAACUAGUUGCGUUUGUGAAACACAAGAUGGAAAGGUUUUAGAAGGAGUCUCUCAGUCCAUGUUAGAAACUAUUGUACCGAAAACAGAUGAUGCCUUUGUUAGAAUAGUACAAGGAAAACACAAAGGGCAGUUUGGUACGCUUCUUCGUCGUGAYACGUCUAAGUACGAAGCCAUCGUCCAACUUCUUAUCGAUAAAAGUGUAGCAACGCUACAUUACGAUGAUAUCAGUGAACAUUUAGGCGAUAUAAGAGAGGAUUUCUUAUGAUACGGGAUCAAAAGACGAUAUGAAUUUCUGCGGUCGUGGGAAAAUUGUGUUGCAGUUGGAACUAAUGACGAUCUUCUCAAUGUGAAAGUCAUUUAACAUGACUAAGAGUACAUGAUCUACUGGCCUUUUCAUUUAUUUAUUCAUCGCCAUGACAUCGAUUUUCGGAUAGCCAGUGGGGUCGCGAUUAGAUUUAGUUAGAGUAGAGUCUGUUUGCGGAGGCCAUUUUGAGAAGAGUACUAACUACUAUCUUUUAUAUGAUAUAAAUGAACUACGUGGAUGUUUUUUCGUCACAAAACAAUUUGACGAGAGACGAAUUACUGUAACAAGUGGAAAUGCAAGAAUUAACAAGUGAAGAGUUUAUUUAUGAUCAGACAUUUUUGUUUUGUUUUGACACUUGAGCGUCCCAUAAUGCCUUUUGUUUCAAGAUGGCCAUCGUAUCACUACCAUGUCAGGUUCUGUAGGUACACCAUUGGUAUUUCUUUCACGUUUCAUCUUCACUUUUAAAAGGCCGGUUUACACUUGCGAUUUUUGCAGCCCGAUUGUCGCGCGAUAAUCGCAACUUUGCUAUCGCACAACUCUAAUCGUACGUGUAAUACGUGAGUCAAUCGCCUCGACGUUGCAGCUAAAUUUGAAGCAUGUUCGAAACUCAGGCGAUGGUCGCGCGACAAUCGCGUUACAAAAAUAGCAAGUGCUAACUGGACUGUGAGGCCAUAGCGAAUUGAAUGCUAACGAGUGCCGAAGGAAUAAAACUCUACUACGAAAAUGGCUGCCUAUUUCAUGUCAUAAUUAAGACCGAUCGAUAAUAUAACUAAGCACAAUAUUUUAAUAAAAUUUUAACUGUAUUAUGAA